GUGAAUCUUGAACUCUAUCUCAUCUCUAUGUUACAUCUUUCUUCAUAAUCUUGCACAAACUUCAUUAUUCUUUUUAAUUUUCUUAAAUUUUAUUUUAAAAUGAUGAAGUUUGUGGAGUGUACCAAUUGCCACACAACCUUACAACUCCCUAGUGGUGCUCAGUCGAUACGCUGCGCAAUCUGUUGCGCAACAGUAUCGACUGACACAACCGAACUUCGAAAGACAUCCCGGUUAACAUCAUACAUGAAUAACUACUUUCCUAUGUUACAUGGUCGCGCAUCUCCCACGGCCGGACAGAAGAUUCAACCUCCUCCGGCCUUUGGCCGGAAGAGGGCUUUGAUUAUUGGAAUUACAUAUAAAAACACUAAAGAUGAGCUCCAAGGAUGCAUCAAUGAUGCUAAAUGUAUGAAGUUCUUGCUUGUCAAUCGAUUCAAGUUCCCUCAAGAAGCUGUUAUAAUGCUCACUGAAGAAGAAAGAGAUCCACACAGAAUUCCAACUAUACGUAACAUAAGAAAAGCAAUCUAUUGGCUAAUGCAAGGUGUUAAAGCAGGGGAUUCUCUGGUGUUUCAUUUUUCUGGUCAUGGCUUACAACAAAGGAACUACACUUUAGAUGAAGUUGAUGGUUAUGAUGAAACACUUUGCCCCUUAGACUAUGUAAAAAAAGGAAUGAUUGUUGAUGAUGAACUAAAUGCAACAUUAGUUAGGCCUCUUCCUCGUGGCGCUAAGCUUCACGCCAUCAUAGAUGCUUGUCACAGUGGUACUAUGCUAGAUUUACCAUAUCUUUGUAGGAUGGACAGAACUGGACGAUAUGUGUGGGAAGACCAUCGUCCUCGAUCAGGAACAUGGAAAGGAACAAGUGGAGGAGAGGCUAUAUCUUUCAGUGGUUGUGAUGAUCAUCAAAAGUCAGCAGAUACAGAUAGUUUGGCCAAGGUCAUGUCAACUGGUGCAAUGUCCUUCUCUUUCAUCCAAGCAAUUGAGCGCGGACAAGGAACUACUUAUGGAAGUAUUCUUAAUGCCAUCAGAUCCUCCAUCCGCAAUUCUGAUAGUGAUUUAGGAAGCAAAAUCGCCAGUUCUCUUCUCACAAUGCUAACUGCCGGCAGAAGCAGCUCUGGCUUUGGGAUGAGACAGGAGCCCCAGUUGACUGCUAAUGAGACAUUUGAUGUGUACACCAAAAAGUUCUCAAUAUAACAUCUUAAGCAACUUUACACACCUCCUGGUUUCAUAUAGUUUGGGUGCACAGAUACCGAUUGAAGUUAUCGGAGAGAGAAAAGUCUUGAGGCUACGCUCCUUCAAGCCUUUGAAAAUAAAAUCUUUGUUAGAUUUCCAGUUCUUUAACCUCAGUAUUGCUAAAUUUACUUAAAUCUUUCUUGCCUUCUUUGUUCUGUUUCCUAUUCAAAGAACAAAUGUAACAUUUCUUGGCAUAACCUCCUAGAGAAUGUGUGUUUCCAUGAAUGGAAAGUUGACACAAGAAAUAUGUGUUUGAACGCGCUACACUACUCAUUUACUCAAAGUAUCGGACAACGUUAUGUCUAUUUCUUUAGCAGACAGCAUGAAAUAGACAGAAAUUAAAUAUACGUAGUUACGUAAAGCUCUGUAACAGCAAUUAUAGAGACGGAGUGAGAACUGGAAACCAACACAAAAAGUGCAUCCCAAGAUAGCAAUUAGGGACCAUGAGACAACUGGAUAAUUCUCUCUCAUUACUGCAGUUUAGCUUACAGCUUAUAUAGCAGCAAAUAAAACAUGUAAGGAACCUUGUCCAAAUCAUUUAUUCGAGUAAUGCAGGACUUAAAACAGAAAUCAUCAUCAUUAUCAGCUUAUGCAAAAAGGGUGAAGAAGUUGAUCAAUCGGACACAAAGGAAAA